AUGGAGGGAAGCGAUGCAAUCAUUAUCGUCGCCGCGGUAUUUCUGAGCAUCUCACUAAUCGCUGUCUGUCUUCGGUGUUUCGUUCGUUUGAAGAUUGUGAAAGCCUUUGGGUACGACGACUCUUUGAUGGUGAUGGCGACAAUCUUCAACGUCGGAUUUGCCAUAUGCGGAAUCGUGGGCGCGUUAUAUGGUAUGGGAAAGUCACAGGCUUAUCUGGCUCACCGACCAGAUGUUGGUGGUUAG